GCAGAAACUUCUUUCCCCAAGUGAGCCGUAGUCGCCUCAAAGGCGAAAGCCCUGCCCUGCCCUCCCCCUGCAGCCCAAACCCAAACUCCACUCGAGAGCACGGCGCGGCGCUGCACGGCAGCCGGUUCCUCGCUUCGCUGCCGCGCGCGGCCGUCUCCUCCCGCUCCGGAAAAGGGAGCACGAGUCACACGACGGUCCUCGUGAUACGCCUCCACGCCUUCCCUCCAUCCGCCCCUACGCCUCACCAACUCCCCCACGCCGUCUACAGCGAGCCGCCGCUCGCCCCUCCGCCGCACCCACCAGCCUAUGGUAAGCGGAGAUUGAGCUACCACACCAUUGUCAGAAUGGAUGGGAGUAGUGAGAAAAUCCAAUUCUCAUGGGGAAAGCUUAGAGCAAAAGGUGGUGUGAAUAUGGAUACACAGUUUUAUGAGUCCUUCACAUUUGACAAUGUGGAGUACUCACUGUAUGACUGUGUGUAUCUUUUCAAGAAUGGUGAUCCUGAACCAUACGUUGGAAAAAUAGUGAAGAUUUGGCAGCAAAAUCAGGCUAAAAAAGUAAAGAUUCUUUGGUUUUUCCUCCCUGAUGAGAUCCGGACAUAUUUAGGAGGCCCUGUGAUGGAAAAGGAGAUCUUUCUUGCUUCUGGUGAAGGUAUUGGGCUUGCGAAUAUCAACCCACUGGAAGCUAUUGCUGGAAAAUGCACUGUUAUAUGCAUUUCAAAGGAUGAGAGGAAUCGUCAACCUUCCCACAGGGAACAAGCAAUGGCUGAUUACAUUUUCUAUAGGUUCUUCGAUGUUAAAAAUUGCACACUUUCUGAUCAGCUGCCUGACAAAAUCGCAGGGCUGGAAGUUAAUGUUCUUCUAAAUCCAAAAGAUGAGCAAGUCACAUCCAUUCCUGGUGCUGUUAAUAUGGAUGAAGGUCUGGUUAGCACAGUUCCCCCUACCCAGUCUGUGGUCAAGGAGGAGGAUAAAAGUCCGGUUGCUGCAGUUCCCCUUUCCCAGUCAGUGGUCAAGGAGGAUCAGAAACCAGUUGCUGCCAUUCUCCUUUCCAAUUCAGCGAUCAAGGAGGAUCAGAAACCAGUUGCUUCCAUUCCCAUUUCCCAGUCAGCGAACAAGGAGGAUGACAAACCAGUUGCUUCCAUUCCCUCUCCCCGGUCAGAAGUUAAGAAGGAUAACAUUCUCAAACAUACACAGAAUGCUGGCUCUGUGGAGAGGCCUCCAAAGAAGUUGAAAUUUUCCCAAGAAGUUACGGUGCAGAACAUGGCCCCAGCUGUUCCUGACAAAAGACCUUCGGAACUAACAUCAAGAAAGGCUGACAGAAGCAAAUGGUUCAAAAUUCCAUGGGAUGAAAGACUACGGAUCGCUGAUGAGCAUGGGACACUCGUAUAUAUUCAAAAUCUUGAUAUUCAGUUUGGAGCUGCUGACAUAGAGGAGCUCAUUCGUGAGGCGUUACAGCUAAGUUGCAUUGCAAAGCCCAUUAACCACCCCACUUAUGAUGAUCCAAACAAUGGAAAAGCAUAUGCUAUAUUCAAAACUAAAAAUGCUGCUGAUGCCGCUAUUUCAAAAAUCAAUUCAGGUUUGGUUGUGGAUGGAAGACCUCUUUACUGCAGCAAAGGGUUACUCAAGGUUCCAAAACAUUCAGGAACUCUUGUCGGGCACUUGUCCACACAUCAUAUUAAAAUUGGUCAAAAGCAGCGAGAAGAGCAGAAGAAGGCUGUAUCGACCUCACAUUGUUCUCAGCCCAACACAAUCGAGUAUGACCUGGCGCUGGACUGGAUGCUUGUUCAAGAAAAGCAAGAGAGAAAAUUCAGAAUACUCCACAAGCGGCAUAAAGAUGACAGGAAGGGGUUUGCAAGUAUGGGCAGUAAGAAUGAAAAGACAGAGAAGUAGCAGGCUGUUUUUUUGUGCCAUAUCAGAGCUUGGUGCGUCAUUCCAAGAAGCACCAUAUAUCUGCAAGUGUUUUCAAUGUGAAAGAGGUUGUGCACAGAGGUUUAUGUUUUGGUUCCGGUCAAUGGUUUUUUUGGGGGGGGGGGGGGGUGGGGGGUUAACUGCACCGCAACAUUACUGCUGAUGCUUGGGCACUUGGGCGGAGUAUCAGGACAUAGCUUAGAAAUCAGAGUAGACUUGGUAGCGUUAGGUUGUUUUGCGCUAAUAUGCUUACCAGUUACAUGUAUGUGAGCGUAUUAAGAUGCACCUUGGUUAGCUAUAUUCAUUGUCUUGUUUAUAGGCUUCAGCGCCGCUCUAUGAACCCUGUGUUCCAUAACCAUUCCACCAGAUUCGGCGAUGAUAGUUUUUAUGUCAUGGAGUAAGUUUGUCUGUUUAUUGUAUAUGCAUUAUCAUCGUAAGCCAAAUCUCCAGCUA